AUGGCUGCUGCAAGCAGAACACUAAGAGAAUUGGCUUCUGACUUUGUAAAAUUAGAUCGGUUUGAUGGCAGUAACUUUCCAAGAUGGCAGAAGAAAAUGCAUUUCCUAUUAUCAACUUUGAAAGUUGUCUAUGUUUUGACGACACCUAGACCAAAAGAAAGAGAAAAUGAAUCUGUUGCUGCAACGAGAGAGAGGCAAAAAUGGGACAAUGCCGAUUAUAUGUGCAAAGGUCACAUCUUGAAUGGUUUGGCUGAUGGCUUAUUUGACACAUACCAGAACGAGGCUACUGCAAAAGAAUUCUGGGACAAACUGGAAGUGAGGUACAUGACAGAAGAUGCAACAAAUAAACUUCCUUCAUCAUGGAAAGACUUUAAAAGAAGUCUGAAACACAAAAAGGAAGAAAUAACGUCUUUGAAGGCUUUGGCAAAUCAUCUUCGAAUUGAAGAGGAAUACAGGAAACAAGAGCAAGUCGUUGUUUCUGGUGAAGCCAAAGUACAUGUAGUGGAGGAAAGACAGACCACUAAACCUGCCAAAAAGAAAGUCAAAACAAAGAAUCGACCCUUUGCUUACUGUGAGAUUGCCAGUAUCACGGCCAACUUCAAAACCGCCAUUGGAAAGGAAAGAUUUGGAAAAGUAUACUUUUGUAAUCUGAAUGAUAACACUGAAGUAGCAGUUAAGUUGCUCUCUGAAUCAUCAAAGCAAUUUCAAGCAGGGGCACAGCUCUUAAUGAUUGUUCAUCAUAGAAACCUUGUUUCCCUAGUUGGUUACUUGGCGCUGAUUUAUGAGUACAUGGCCAACGCAAACUUAAGAAAGCAAUUAUCAGUGAAGGACGCAAUUGUCUUAAAUUGGGAAGAAAGGCUUCAAAUUGCAAUAAACGCUGCACAAGUUUACUACAGUUGCAUUGCUGGGUUGGAAUAUCUGCAUGAUGGUAUCAAGCCGCCCAUAGUCCACAGGGAUUUGAAAAAUGCCAACAUCUUAUUAACGGAAAAGAUGCAAGCCAGGAUAGCUGAUUUUGAGUUGUCUAAAGUUUUCAUGACAGAAAGUGGAGCUGCCUCUGAUCUCCAAUCAUCGACCCAGGCUGGCACACCUGGAUACCUUGAUCCCGAAACAACUGUGUCGGGAAUUCUAAACAACAAAGGAGUUGUGUACAGCUUCGGAAUAAUUCUACCCGAGCUAAUCACCGGGCAGCCUGUGUUUGUGAGAAGCCUCGGGUGCAGCACUCACGUACUUCAACCGGUGAGGCCCAUAAUAGAAAAGGGUGAUAUUGGAAGCAUUGUUGAUUCUAGGUUGCAAGGUGAAUUCGAUGUCAAUGCGCCCUGGAAAGUGGUGGAGAUUGCCAUGUUAUUUGCAUUGCCAGCUGCAAUCCAAAGGCCGGACAUGAGUCGUGUGCUAACGGAACUGAGGGAAUGUAUGGGCUAUUGAGAUGUCUCUUGGAAGGACCCGGAGAACGCAGAGCCAAGCGAUAAGAUCAGACGACAAAGCUGAAAUUUCCCUUCUAGAUAUGGUUCCCAUUGCCAGUUACCAGCAGACUUUGACUGAAGUUAAUUAACAUGUGGUACCUAAUUUAUCCUUAUGUAUAAAUUGGUACUUGGAAAAAUGUGCAAUUUGCAUCAUGA